UCCCCCUCCCCGUCCCUCUUCCUACCCAAAAUGCACUUCCUAUUCACAACCCUCGACGUCUUCACCACCACCCGCUACGCCGGCAACCCCCUCGCCGUAGUCCGCGUCCCCUCCUCGCUCCGCGCCCAACUCACCGAGGAAAAAAAGCUAAAAAUCGCAAAGGAGUUCAAUCUCUCCGAGAUCACCUUCCUGCACGAACCAGACAAUGGCGAGGACACCGCGGAAUACGACAUCUUCACGACCGCGUCGCGGAUGACCUUCGCCGGGCACCCAACGAUCGGGACGGCGAUAUACGUGGCGACGACACCUGCCAAGGCGUAUGAAGGCGUGAAGAAGCUGAGGACUCUAGCGGGUGUUGUUCCGUUUGUGUAUGAUGGAGAGACGCGCACGGCGAGGGUCAAUAUCCCGCAUGACGUGCACAUCCACAGGGCUAGACUGCCGCAUCCGUUUCCGGCCCUGGAGACGAACCCUUCGGGUGAGGCUACAGUGCCGUUGGUGUCUAUUGUCAAGGGUAUGGCGUUUAAUCUCGUCCCCAUGGCUAAUCUGGAUGCUUUGGCACUCCCGGCCCAAGGCCUUCUCCCCAUCGCAAAGCUGUACGCGGGCGAGCAUCUCGACCCGGGAAGCGGUUGGGAUAUUGGCUACACCGGGACCUUUUACUACGUCGAUCUGGGCUCUGAUGCCGAGCAUGCCGAUACGCGGCUUCUGCGGACGCGCAGUAUAGGGAGUAGAGAGGAUCCAGGGACGGGGAGUGCGAGUGGGGCUUUGUGCUGUUAUUUGGCGCUGCAGGAGGGGAAGGAAGGAGUGAGGAAGUUCCAUCUUACGCAGGGAGUGGAGAUGGGGAGAAGGUGCGAUAUUUUUGUUGAGGUGGUGGUGAUGGAGGGUGGGAAGGAGAUUGAGGAGUUGCGGCUAAGUGGAAGCGCGGUGGAGGUUAUGGAGGGGAUGGUGUUUGUGGAUUGAGCGAUGGGGCGAUGGACUGGAAUCGGGAUAGCUGGUGUAUAUCAUCCCGACUAUCAAUCAUUUCGAUGAUCCCGAGUUGGAAAAGCAAUCGAAUGCUAAGUUUGUGUGUUCUAUGAGGCCGCCCGACUCUGUCAUCUAUAGGAUACUCCUUCCAUAACGUACAAACAUUAUGU